GCUGCGCCGGUCACCACUUCGUUACAGAUUUUUGAGAAAGACACAUCGAGUGCAUAACUAAUUUCAAACAUGGUGUCGUUAUCGUUAGACAACCCUCUUGUACAAACGUACAUUUUCCACUCCUCUAUUUUAGCUCUGAAUUUGUUAUUUGCGGCUUUUCUGACAAUCAGAUCGCGGGUAAAGAAAAGUGUGUUUGCCAACCCAGAGGAUGCUGCUGCAAACAAAGGAAAAGUUAAGUUUGAUGAUGAAGAUGUAGAGAGAGCGAGGCGUGCUCACCUCAAUGCGUUGGAGAACAUCCCGUUGUUCUGGAUCCUGGGGGCGCUGUACUUGACGACGGGCCCGGUGGCUGCCUGGGCGACGCUUCUGUUCCGAGUCUACACACUGGGCAGGAUCCUGCACACCUUGGUGUACGUCGUGAUGCCACUACCACAACCUUCGCGUGCCAUCGCCUACCUGAUUCCUGUGGUAAUCACAAGCUACAUGGGUGUUCAAGUUGCUUUGUAUUACAUUAGUGCUAUGUAAACCUAACACCAUAGACUGCAAGUUUUUCACUAGUGCUUAGUGCUAAGCAGGAGUGCCUAAACUUUCAAGAUGACGGACUGGCCUACAAAUACAUUUGAAUUUACGGAACCGUACGGUAAGAAAGUGUCACUUUUUAAGAGACUUUGUGCGUACGAUUUGUUUUAGUAACGUUUUAUAAAACCUUAUUGUUAUACAUAAUUGAACGUUUGUGUGAGGGAAGCAUAUUAAUGCCUACCACAUUUACGAAAACAUGGACCCCUGAAUUCUGUACGGUUCCCUUAGACUGUGGUUAUGUUAGUUAAUCUAAUUGUUACGUUAUUUUGAGUAUUAAAUUUUUAAAAUUUUUAUUA